UUUAAUUCAGUUCUUUAGCAAAAUGAAGAAGUGGAUGGACAUGUCAAACCUACCACAGGAAUUCCGAGAGCGAGUGGAAAGACUGGAGAGAAAUUUUGAAGUGUCAACUGUGAUUUUCAAAAAGUUUGAACCAAUAUUUUUGGAUAUAUUUCAAAAUCCUUAUGAAGAAACAUCCAAACCACAGCGAAGCAGGAAACAGAGGCAUGUGCCGUGCAGUGUCAAGGAUCUCUUCAACUUCUGCUGGACUCUCUUUGUGUACACUAAGGGUAAUUUCCGUAUGAUUGGAGAUGAUUUAGUAAAUUCCUAUCAUUUGCUUCUGUGCUGCUUGGACCUGAUUUUUGCCAAUGCCCUUUUGUGUCCAAACAGAAGAGAUUUGCUAAAUCCAUCAUUUAAAGGCUUACCAGUGGAAUUCCACACUCCGGAGAUCAAAGCCUCUGAAGGUCCUCCCUGCAUCAUUGCCACUCUGUGUGAGCUGCACGACGGGCUCCUAGUGGAAGCAAAAGGGAUAAAGGAACACUACUUCAAACCAUACAUUGCAAAGCUGUUUGAUAGGAAGAUAUUGAAAGGAGAUUGUCUGUUGGAUCUCUGCAACUUUGCAGAAAACAGCAAAGCACUGAAUAAAGAGUAUGAAGAGUAUGUUCUGACCAUGGGUGACUUUGAUGAGAGAGUUUUCCUGGGAGCUGAUGCUGAGGAAGAAAUUGGCACUCCUCGGAAAUUCCCUGUGGAUGUGCCAGUGGAGAAAACAGCAGCAAGAGCUCAUGUGGAGUGUCAUCUGCAGCAGCAUUUUGAAAAGAAAAGGUCAUUUGCACCUUCAACUCCACUGACUGGCAGGAGAUACCUGCGGGAGAAGGAAGCUGUGAUCACUCCUGUGGCUUCAGCCACGCAGAGCGUGAGCCGGUUGCAGAACAUGGUGGCUGGGCUAAAAAAUGCACCGAGUGAGCAGCUUACAGCUAUCUUUGAGUCCUGUGCCCGCAGCCCCAUGGAGAGCAUCAUGAGCAGAGUGAAGGAAAUCGGUGAGACCUUCUGUUGCAGCUACACUCAGUCAACAGAUGAGCAGCCUGGAUCUCACAUAGAUUUUGCUGUAAACAGAUUAAAGCUGGCAGAGAUCUUGUACUAUAAAAUCUUGGAGACCAUAAUGGUGCAAGAGACACGGAGACUGCAUGGGAAGGACCUGACUGCUCUCCUGGAACAGGAUCUCUUCCACUGCUCACUCAUGGCAUGCUGCUUGGAGAUUGUGCUCUUCGCUUACAGCUCCCCACGCACCUUCCCCUGGAUCAUCGAAGUGCUCGACCUCAGCCCCUUCUAUUUCUAUAAGGUGAUUGAAGUGCUGAUUCGCUCUGAGGAAGGACUUUCCAGAGACAUGGUGAAGCACCUCAACAGCAUUGAGGAACAAAUUCUGGAGAGUCUUGCCUGGACUCGGAACUCAGCACUCUGGAAUGCGCUCGAGGCCUCAGAGAACAAGGUCCCAACCUGUGAAGAAGUAAUAUUUCCCAGCAAUUUCGAAGCCAGCAAUGGGGGAAGUGGCCUUGGGCAUCUGCCUAUGAUGCCUUUAUCUCCCAUAAUUCAUCCUCGAGUGAAAGAGGUGCGGACAGACCUUGGUGGGAGCUUACGACGGGACAUGCAACCUUUGUCACCCAUCUCAGUCCACGAGCGCUACAGCUCUCCUAUAGCUGGGAGUGCUAAGAGAAGGCUCUUUGGAGACGACAGCCCCCGAGAAAUGCAGGUGGAAAAAGUCUUAACCAAAGGAACUAAGCUGACAAUUGCUCCAGCAUCAAGCAUUGCUGCUGAAAAAGUGUCAGUGUCUCCUGGCCAGACAGUACUGACCAUGACAACCACUCCAGGCCCAGGAAAAGCAGGACAGACGGUCACUAUCCCACUGCACGGUGUUGCAAAUGAGAUGGGUGGGAUCACCCUGAUCCCCAUUUCCAUUAACCUAGGCCAGCCCUGCAAAGUGGAGGCCCAGGCUCCCUGCCACCCUCCGGCCAGUCAAGCACAAGAAGUGCAGCUGUCAGCAGUGAGCAAACCGAAGCGAACAGGGUCCCUGGCACUGUUCUACAGGAAGGUGUAUCAUCUGGCAAGUGUGCGCCUGCGGGACCUGUGCUUGAAACUGGAUGUUUCCAAUGACUUGCGCAGGAAGAUAUGGACAUGCUUUGAGUUCACACUGGUUCAUUGUGCUGAUCUCAUGAAGGACAGACAUUUGGACCAGCUCCUCCUCUGUGCCUUUUACAUCAUGGCAAAGGUAACCAAAGAGGAAAGAACUUUUCAGGACAUAAUGAAAAGUUACAGAAACCAGCCACAAGCAAACAGCCAUGUUUAUAGGAGUGUCUUGUUGAGAAACACUGCUGCUGGUGUCCCAUUGGACAAAAAUGCAAACCCAGAUACGGAGAUGGCAGAAGACUUGUCCGUGAAGGCUGAGAGCUCCUCAGGAUCUGCAGCAAAGAGCUCCAGUGAGCCAGAAACAGAGGAGAGAGGAGAUCUCAUUACAUUUUACAAUGCAGUCUACGUAGGAAGAGUCAAAUCAUUUGCAUUGAAAUAUGAUAUCACAAACCAGGAUCAUGUAAUGGAGGCCCCUCCCCUGUCCCCGUUCCCCAGCAUCAGGCAGCAGCCGCUGUCCCCGCGCCGCAUCUCACAGCAGCACUCGGUGUACGUGUCGCCGCACAAGAACGGGACCUGCCUGACCCCGCGCUCCGCUCUGCUCUACAGGUUCAGCGGGAGCCCCUCCAAGAGCUUGAAGGACAUCAACAAUAUGAUAAAGCAAGGUGAACACAGGAGUAAGAAGCGAGCGAUAACGAUCGAUAGCGACACUGAAUCCCCCACGAAGAGACUCUGCCAGGAAAAUGAUGAUGUUCUACUGAAACGUCUCCAGGAUGUUGUCAGUGAAAGAGCAAAUCAUUAG